AUGUAUCGAAAAUUUAAGAAACGCACCAAUGCUCGAUUAGGACUCAAUACAAUUGAUGAGAAUGCAACAAUUAAAAUACCGCGCGUUCCAUCUGCCCAAAAAACAGAUGCUACAAUCGAGACAUUGACUGGCGAAAGUGAGGAAGAGAAUAUACCAGCUUCCCAGGAGCAAACGCAACGUUUCCUGUCUCAACACAGCCUCGCAUUGGCCGCUACAUUGGGUCGCACCCAGUCAUCGUCUAGGAUCAACAGUUCCCGCCAGCCGAAUAGCUUCUUUGAGAUGGUGCUCCUGAACGCUGGUGUGCAACUGGACCAAGCGGACACAUUUGUGCUGUCCUGCGAUCACAUUGCUAUUGUCUCUAAGCUACGUGACAUAUUGGUGCGCUCUCCAAAAUAUCCCGAAAAUAUUGCAACCUUUAAAACGGGUCUAAACGUAGCGCUUGCACCCAAAUCGAAACUGGCCCAGAAACUGCUUAGUGGCUGCACCAUAGACACUGCUGGAGAAGAGCAGGUGUACCAAUCACAGAACAGCAUGUUCAUCAACUUUCUGAUGAUUGACUUUCUACGCGAGCCCUGCCUUGAGGUGCUUUUUAACAAAAUCGAGGAGAUUGCCAAGUUGGAGCGAGUGCAAACGGUGCCGGGUUGCCUGCCCUUGCUGCCAUUGAUGCUUGCCCAAUUGCGGUACCUAACGCUGUCGCAUAGUGAUCAGAUUUAUGCACACAUCGAACGCAUCUUUAAUAACGCCUCAGAGCCGUCUAAGUUAGAUAUCAUUAGCAGCGCUGAGUAUUUGCUGGAUGGAAGUAAACACGACGAUUUUGUCGAGCUGCUCACCAUUAAUUAUUCGAGCAGCAAAGAUCUUUUUCAAUUGACCACACUACAAAUGUUAAGCAAUUUGACGCUUAGCGCUAGAACACAGGGGAAACUUCGCGAACGUAUCCUGGAGUUCAUCAAGGACGAAAACAAUUGCUCGGAUGUGACACUGCCGCAUCUCAUACGCAUCUUGCUUAAUAGUCUCAAUCAGGACACAGACGCUGUCGUGCGUGAGCUGGUCACCACACUGCGCGAAAUCUUCACCUGGCGUCAUAGUUCGCAAAGAGAAAGCUCUCCUGCGAUUGACGCGCGUGUUGCCAACGAUAAGCAAUCACAAUUGGAGCUCUUUGGUUUUCUGCAACAGGGUCUUAAGCGCUCCAAGCGAUUUUAUCAAAUGUGGCAGCGUACCAUCAGUGGUUUGCCCGCCAGCGAAUUCAAAUCCUUUGAUUUUAUAAUGCUGUUGCUGCUCAUACACAUCAACGAGGAUAACACAUUAUUUAUUGAAAAUCUUUUGCGCCGACGCAUUAAACUAGAGCACAUCACAGUAAACAUAUUGGAUGAAAUAAAAACGCACUUUCCGCAUAUAUUGGAGCAACAUAUUGGCACCCUGAUGCACAUACUCCAUGACUUUAUGCGUGAAAAGAAUCGCAUUGUUGCUGAUUUUGCCAAAGCUGCCUACAGUGUACUUUUUAAAAUCUGCAACUCGAUACAAAAAAGCAUACUUAAGAAACUGUUGGAGCUAACCUUUGAUAAAUCUGCCCAGCAUGUGACCACCACGUUGACAUUACUGCGCGAACUGCAGCGGAAGAAUCCUAAGCACGUGCAGAACUGUGCCAUGUUGUUAAUGCCGUUGCUCGAUCGCCUCAGCGAUUUGACGCUGCCCCAAACACGCCUUGCCAUGGACUUGCUGUGUCACGUUGCAUUCCCCGAACCCAAAUUGCCAGAGUGUGCGCCGCUGCAGGAUCAGAUCGAAAUGGUAGUAAAGAAGCAGCAAAUCAAUCGCACCGAAUAUGUCAAGAGGCAGGGCAUCAUUGGCUGCGUGCAGCUGAUUGAUGCCAUUGCACGUAUUGAAACGUUGCUUAUGAACAACGAGGAUUUGCAAACCAGCGUGGACAGCAUUACCUCGUUGCCAGACGGACGCAGCAAGCAGGCAGCUAACCUGAUAAUGCUCACUCAGUCAGCUAUAUGCAACUCUCCUGAAUUGCUGGCAUUGUUUUACGAUGAGUUGGCUAGUGUUUUGAAUGUCCGCUACUACAACCAAGAGUCGAUUUAUAUGCUGGACAAUCAGUUUCUGAUGUGGCUCUGUGAGUUGAUGACCUAUCGCUUCCAGCAGAGCUUUGUGAAUGAUCAUCAGCCGAACACAAUCAAAGGCAUAAGGCUAGAGUGUCAGAAGAACAUCAAUGAAUUAGACGAUACAAAUGUAAAUACUGAAGCAGCUGUACUCGAUAUUGGCAUUAAUAUAUCUGAACUGGUUUUGAGUCCAAAUGGCAAUGCCUGUGACUCGGUUUAUGUGCUUGCUCCACUCUUUCACCUGGUCAGCGUGUUGCACAAUCAACGCUAUCAGUACAGUCUGGAGUUGGUAAAUGCACUGCAGGGUUGCGCUAUUGUGUUGCCCUCGUUCUUUGAUGAUCCGAAUUAUUUGGCCAUCUUUGACAAUUAUGAUGAGGAAUUGCAAAAGCGCAUUUUGUGCAUUUACUUUCACACGAUCAACUGGAUGCGCGUUACGACUUGUGCCUUCGCUUCCCAGAAGGAUGAAGCCACACGCAAGCGGGUUCUAAAGCGUCUCGCCGAUUUGAUUUGCACAGAGCAAAGACUAAAGCCGCUUUUGGCGCAUGCGCCCACUGGUUUUGCGCCACCGCCAUGCCAGUUCCUAAGCCAUCCUAAGCAAUCCGCAACACAGCAUGUUGUGCGCGACAAAAGGCCUGCCACAAGCAAGGCCAAGGCAAUUAAUAACGAAACAAUUACAGAGGAUCCACAGAGCAUGGACCAAUCAAAACUGACCGAUUUCAGCGUCAAGUUGGGUGCGUGCAAGUCCGUUAAAUGCAAAAUCAAUUUUGAACAAUUAUAUGGACCCAUGGAGCGGUUUAGGCAGCUUGAUGUGGGCAUAAUAGUGUUGUUGAAAGAGCAACCCUUUAGCCUGAACUAUCCACUGGAAGCGGAUGAAGUGGGCACUCAUUUGGGUUUGCUUGAAUUGCGCUUUAUACUCACAGAUUUGGUGCAUAAAUUGGACACUAUUAUCAAUGGUCACCAGGACGUAAAUGAAGCGGAUUCCUUAAGGUCGCAUGUGGCUAAGCCGGAACAUUUUUUAUCAGAUUUACAAAAAUGUCUGGAUGAAAUUCAUAUGUGUUUAAUCACUCUGGGAGCGCACAUUGAUGAGGAACUGGAAAGAGUCAAUAGUGUACACAGUAAUUUGGAUCUGUUCAAGGAUCGUUUCAACUAUGUAAAAACUUGCUUUGGUCUGUGCAUUCAAUUGUUUGCUUUGUAUUUCUCAUGGAACGAAUGGAGUGACAAGUCCAAGACUGAUCUGCUUCAGUCAUCUUUAUAUGCCCUGCUGCCACCUGGACAACGGAAGACAGCCAAAAAGCCAGCCAUUGGACGCAUUGCCUCACAGAUUUUUGAUUACUUCCUAAAAUAUGAAAAAUCGACUUUGGUUCUUAGUACAGCUGUGCAGCUCCAUCAUCUGUUGCGCAGCUUGCGGAAGUUGAGCUGCUCCGGCGAUAAUGCAGCCCAGCGCAAUGUUCAGCAGGGCGAAGAUAUGCGCAAAUUUUGCACCAAUAUGCUGCGACGUAAGUGGUACCACUCCUCGGGUAGUGUGGAGAAGGGCGCACAAUGUAACAUUCACCUCGACGAGCUGAUUAAAGGUUUUCUUAGGGAUUCACCCUUUGAACGGCAAAAGGAUAUUUUGCUGGCACUUAGGGAUGAGUGCCUGCUUCUAAAUAAAAAAGAUAUGGCCUUAGAAUCGAUUCCCAAUAUCAAAAAGGCCAAUUUUCCUUUGCUGUUUCGUGGCUUGUGUGAGAUUCUCAUUAGCACGCUGAACGCCCAGUGCAGCGGCUACACCGAAGGUGAUCGAUUUAAACUUUGGGAGUCAACUAUAUGUCUACUAAAUGGCCUUUUGGAGAUUGUCCAGAAAGUGGAGCAGCCACGUAACUUUGCCUUGUUUUUGAAGCACUCACAGCUGUUCCUGAAGCUGCUGCUACAACAUGGUCUGUCUGUCCUUGAGACUAUUGUGCGCGACAGUCCCGAACGGCUUACCAAGUUCCUUCGCGAAUUACAGAAUGUAACAAAGUUUUUGCACAACCUGUGCUGUCAUUCAAAGUCCAUAAAGAACACUGCCAUCAUAAGCUACAUUCCCAGCCUGCGUGAAACACUGGAAACACUAGUGUUUCGAAUGAAAGCGUUGCUGGCGGCCAACAAGUGCCACGCCGCUUUCCACAUCAGCAUUUUGGACAACAAGGAUCUGCAUGGCGAUGCAAUUGUAACGCCCAGGGGAUCUCUUAUCAACGAGACGAAAAGCGAUGAGGAAAUACCCGAGGAUGAUGCCAGUGUUGAUGAAACUGUUAUGGACGACGAUUUGGCCAGCAGAAGUGUGGAUAGUUCUACGCGGCGCAGCACCAAUAGUCGCAGCAAAUCAAACUCGCGCAGUAAAUGCUUUUAAAUGUGCUUGUAUUCUUGAAAACAUGACAAAUAUACACAUACAUUCUUUAUGUUGAAGGAAAGU